CGUCGUUGCUGUAUUCUCCUCCUGAUCCGUCGCCACUCACCGUCAGUGGUGAGCUUUGCCAUUGACAACCCGUGGGCGGCAGCCGCUGGGGAAGCCGUGGACGCCAGGACGGACGUCAUGUUCUUGCACAUCGGCUACCACUCGUUCCCACCGUACUCCCCGAGCUUCCUUCGGCUUCGACCUCGGUCAGAUCUCCCUGCGCAGCUGGGCGAUGGCUACGUCGAGCUCGAGGCGGGCGACGUCUCGGACGGCUCCGACCUCGUGAUCCUCGGGGAGGGGCAUGAGAGCCUCGAGCGGGUGGCAGAGAUGUGGCAGCGGAGGCUGGCAGAGGAGGAGCUGAAGGCCCACAGGAAGGACGAGAAGAGGGAGAGGAAGGCGCAGAAGGCGCUCAGGGCGGCCGCGGCACCGCGCGUGCCCGCGUCCGAUGCGGCGUCGCUGUCACUGCGACCGCAGGCGCUCAGUCAGACCAUCGCAGCUACCAGCGACCCGAUGGUCAAGAGAGUAUUAGAGACCCAACAAGCAGUCCUCGCCGCGCAGAAGCCCACAGAGACGCAGGUGACUGCAGACGAGGCGGUGCGCAAGGCCGAGGCGCGCGAGAACGAGUGCGCGCGCACGCUGGCCCAGGCGGAGUUCAACGAGCAGGUUGCCAUCAAAGCCCUCGCCAACGCUUCGGGCCUGCAAGUGCAGGCGCAGGGUGAGGGUAAGGUGGGUCGCGACCAAGCUUCCAAUGGCGAGUGUUUCCGCGUGGAGGUCGACGAGGCCUUCUUCGCGUCCACCAAGGAGUUAGAGUGCGAGGAGAGCGAGCAGAAGGAGUUCGCGGAGCUGGAGAAGCAGCUGCGCGACGUGCAGUCCGUCAUGGCCACGAGGUCGGCGGAGGUGAAGGACUGGGUCGAGCGGACCAAGGCCAUGAAGGCGGCCAUCCAGGACAGGAUGCAGAAGAAGAGGGCCAAGCAGCUCAGCGACGCCAAGCUCGCGGGGACCGAGGCGGCGAAGCAGGUGGCGGCGGCGACGGUCGCCGCGGCCGCGUCGUGGCAUUGCAGCGAGUACAGUCACGUGCUCGGCCUCUUCAACAUCGGCGACAGCAACGACUACUGGUCAGCUCACAGGUGCGAGUUCUUCGCAGGGGUGUGGCACAGUGUCAGCUGGUGCGAUCGAUGGCAUGAGUUUUGGUACGACCCCGAUUUCAGCAUCGACGAGAUCUGCGCCGCGUUCGCCAACAUGAGGGAGUGGGCUCGCAUACAGGGGCUAGCUCCUAUCGACGGCGACGAGGUUGUAGGAGCUGGCAUCCAGCUGGCGCCCAAGAGCGUGAUCUUGUGCGACGCGAUGAACGACAGCAAGCACAUUUCCAAAGUUCUGCGGAAAUUCGAGGUGGGGAUCAGCAAGUCCAAUAUGUGCCUGCGAUGCAAGCAGGCGCCAGAGGACAUGAGGCACCGCGCAUGGCAGUGCAGUGCCAACAAAGAUUCCAAGGCGCAUGCUGACUCAUAUAAGCUGGUGCCAGCCGCUCUGACGCAAGGUGACAGUGAGGGUGCGCAGGGCGCCCGCGCCGCGAGGGCGAUGCUGGAGGCCGCGCGCGGCGCGGUCCUGGCGACGCACGCGGCUGCUGGGCUGGCGGGCGGCCAGCGGGAGGCGGUGCGCCUCAUCCGCGCCGCCGAGGGCCUUCUCCGGACGGCGGUCGCCGUGCUGGCGACGCCCCGCGCGCCCGCCCCGCCACAGCCGGCGGCGGAUGCGCCCCCCGCUGCCCCUCGGCGGCGGCGCCGCCCGCGCGGGCGUGGUGCGAGGGCGGGCGAUGGGAGCAAGACGGAGACGGUCGAGGAGGGUUUGAUGGUGGACGACGCGGCGGAGGGGGCAGCAGCGUCGGCCGAGCCCAUGAUGCUGGACGACGCCUGGGCGGACGAGCUGCCCGCGCAGCGGGGCCGCCCGCCGAACAGUACAGGUCGGAGCAAGGGCAAGGACAAGGACAAGGACUUGGGCAAGAGCGACGAGAACGAGGACUACACCAUGGAGAGAGCCGAGGAGUUCCAGCUCCUGCUCGACCGCUUCCGCGAGCUCGCGUUCAAGGGCAAAGGCAAGGGGAAGCAUGGUCCUCCAGUGCUGCUGAGGGUGAUGACCGUACCUUGA